UUCCAGAGAAUGCCAAACUGCAUCGACACCACCGACACGUCGCAUGUCAGUCUCGAUUCAACCUCAUGACAGACUUCCAUUCUUGGCACGGCACGAGAUGUUUCUGAAGGGUGCUUUCUUGGUCGCUACGACAGUAAUUUGUUCAACAGGCGAUCCUUGUGGUCUCGCUGCAUUAGGUGCACAGUUGAAGAGCCAAGAUUUGCUACCUAGAGCAGUCCAAGCACCUUUCGGGUGCAGGCCGUUUUGCGGCUUCGGUGAGCAUCAAACCAUUGGUCAUGAGCUAGGUUGCUCAGACUCGGCGUGGAUGUUUGGCUGCUUCAUGCUUUACUCAGUACAGCCUGACUGUUGCUUGUUUUGCAUGAGCGGCAAAUGAGUGGAUGAACUUGACACGAUAGCUUGCGUCGAACCAAAGCCCAAACAACAUUAUUCGAGGUCAGCAUCUCCCGGAAACGUCGGUGAAAGCUCUGUUGAGUCUAUAUUUCCAAGGCGUAGUUGGUAGCAUCUCUCCGACAAGUACCUCCCUAGGCAGGCGUGCCUCCU